AUGAACAUUGAAGACAAGCUGGGAGGAUUAUUUCUUAAAUGUGGUGGCAUAGACCAGAUGCAGUCAUCCAGGGCUAUGGUAGGGAUGGGUGCAGUGUCUGACCAGUCUGGAGUAUCGAGAGAACGGCAAGAGGCAGUGCUUCAAGAUCGGACUAUGCCGCACCAAGAAAUUCUUGCAACAGAUGAAGUGUUACAGGAAAGUGAACUUCGACAGCAAGAGAUGAUUUCACAUGAUGAACUCAUGGUCCAUGAGGAGACGGUAAAAAAUGAUGAUGAAAUGGAUGCUCAAGAUAGACUUCCUCAAGGGCUGCAGUAUGCUGUUAAUGUCCCUAUCAGUGUAAAGCAAGAAAUUACCUUUACUGAUGCAUCUGAACAACAGAAACGAGACAAAAAACAAAUACGAGAGCCAGUAGAUUUGCAGAAAAAGAAGAAAAGAAAACAGCGUUCACCAGCAAAAAUCCUUACAAUAAAUGAGGAUGGAUCACUUGGUCUGAAAACCCACAAAUCUCAUGUUUGUGAGCAUUGCAAUGCUGCCUUUAGAACCAACUACCAUUUACAGAGACAUGUCUUCAUUCAUACAGGUGAAAAACCAUUUCAGUGCAGUCAGUGCGACAUGCGUUUCAUACAGAAGUACCUGCUACAGAGGCAUGAGAAGAUUCAUACUGGUGAAAAGCCAUUUCGUUGUGAUGAAUGUGGUAUGAGGUUUAUUCAGAAGUAUCACAUGGAAAGGCACAAAAGAACUCACAGUGGAGAGAAGCCUUACCAGUGUGAAUAUUGUUUGCAGUAUUUCUCCAGGACUGAUCGUGUGUUGAAGCACAAACGUAUGUGCCAUGAGAACCGUGAGAAGAAACCCAACAGAAGUGCCACCAAAGUUGGCUUUUUGCCAUCGGAGGAAGAUUCUGGUUUCUCUACGCCUCUGAAAGACAGCUCCUUGCCAAAGAAGAAAAGGCAGAAAACAGAGAAAACAAAAUCUGGGGAUAAAGAAAGUACAGAUAAAUCAGAACACAAGAAGGACAAAAAUGAUUAUUUGCCUUUGUACUCUUCUAGUACUAAAGUAAAAGAUGAAUAUAUGGUAGCGGAAUAUGCUGUGGAGAUGCCACAUUCUUCGGUUGGUGGAUCGCACUUAGAGGAAGCAAAUUCUGGAGAAAUACACCCACCGAAGCUCGUUCUCAAGAAGGUCAACAAGAGGAGUCUAAAGCAGCCACUUGAGCAAAGUCAAACCAUUUCACCUUUAUCUACGUAUGAAGACAGCAAGGUUUCAAAGUAUGCCUUCGAUCUUGUGGAUAAGCAAAGUUUACUGGACUCUGAAGGUAAUGCUGACAUUGAUCAAGUCGACACAUUACAGGAAGGGCCCAGUAAACCUGUACAUAGCAGCACUAAUUAUGAUGAUGCAAUGCAGUUUUUAAAGAAAAAGAGGUAUCUACAAGCAGCUAGUAACAACAGUCGAGAAUAUGCCUUGAAUGUAAGUACCAUAGCAUCUCAGCCUUCAGUAACGCAGGCAGCUGUGGCCAGCGUCAUUGAUGAAACUGCUACAGCCUCAAUACUAGACACACAGGCACUGAAUGUUGAAAUUAAAGGUAACCAUGACAAAAAUGUCAUUCCAGAUGAGGUACUGCAAACUCUGUUAGAUCAUUAUUCACACAAGGCUAAUGGACAGCAUGAGAUCUCUUUCAGUGUGGCUGACACGGAAGUGACCUCCAGUAUAUCUAUCAAUUCCGCUGAAGUAUCUGAGGUGACCCAAUCUGAGACGGUUGGAACAAGCUCUCAAGCUUCCUCAUCAGAUAAAGCUAGUAUGUUACAAGAAUAUUCAAAGUUUUUACAACAAGCUUUGGACAGAACUAGCCAAAAUGAUGCCUAUUUGAACAACCCGAGCCUUAAUUUUGUGACUGAUAACCAGACUCUUACAACCCAGCCAGCAUUUCCUUCCAUGGAGAAGGUCUACACAUCUAUACCCGUCAAUAGCUUUCGGUCGGGAAUGAACUCACCAUUAAGAACAACUCCAGACAAGUCUCACUUUGGACUAAUGGUUGGUGAUUCUCAGCACCCUUUUCCCUUUUCAGGUGAUGAGGCAAAUCAUUCUUCUUCCUCCUCUACACAGGACUUCUUGGAUCAAGUAACUUCUCAGAAGAAAGCAGAGGCACAGUCUGUUCAUCAAGCAUAUCAAAUAAGCUCCUUUGAGCAGCCCUUUAGAGCUCAGUACCAUGGGGCAAGAGCUGGAAUUUCCUCUCAGUUUAGCACUGCCAAUGGACAGGUGAACCUUCGGGGACCAGGGACAAGUGCUGAUUUCCCAGAAUUUCCCUUGGUGAAUGUAAAUGAUAGAGCUGGGAUGACUUCUUCACCUGAUGCCACAACGGGCCAGACUUUUGGCUAA